AUGUCUUCUUCCUUGCUCUCCACUUUCCAUAGAGUCGUCCUCUCUGGCCUAUCCCCGAGCACUCGCUACCGCUUCGAGGUCUACGCACAAAAUGGCGUCUCCAAGAUUGCCGAUGCACUGUGGCUUCGCUCCGCCAGCCUCGUAGUUACCACGCGAACCGGUGAGUGA